UUUCGGAGGGUGUUUGGUUACAAAGUUAUAUUGGCAGAAUGAACGAGGAAGAUGAUAAGCGCAGGAAGCGGAGGGCGCACAGCCCAGUGGCAGUCACUAUAAAACAGGAAAGGAUAAGCCCAGCCAGGCAGCACCGCACCCGGCGAACUCCAAGCCCUAGAAGCAGUGAUGGGGGAUCUCCUCACCGUCACCAGGGGCGCAGGCGAAGCAGAUCACCUUCCGAACGGAAAAACAAAUCAUCUUUCAAAAGAAGCAAAUCUCCUAAGAAUAAAAGGCACAGAAGCGAUAGUAGGAGUCCACCUCCCUUGGAGGUUAAAAUAAAACAGGAGAAAGUAGAGCAUUCACAAAGGCCACAUCAAGAGAAACCGCGCAAAGAGAGAGGGCAGGAGGAUCACAGAAGAAAUAGAGACCGAGACCAAGCAGAACAGGAUCGAUACAAGCACCCUCGCUCCAGAGACAAAGAUAGAGAUAGAAAUCGAGAGGAACAGAAUUUGAGGGCGCAGAGAGAAGAAAGGCAAUUCUACAAUGAUCGGAGGAGGGAAAGACGUCAGCGCGAUGAUCAAGCUGUGGAGGUACAAAACGAAGAUGUGGAUAAUUCCACUAACGAAGGUAACGAAGGAAAUUCAAGCAAAGAAAAGCCCAACUUUGAACUAUCUGGAGCCUUAUUGGAGGACACAAAUACAUUUAGAGGAGUUGUAAUUAAGUACAGUGAGCCUGCAGAAGCACGUAUCCCAAAGAAGCGAUGGCGUUUGUACCCAUUUAAAAAUGAUGAGGCCCUCCCUGUUAUGUACGUUCAUAGACAAAGUGCCUAUCUAAUGGGCAGGCAAAGGCGUAUUGCUGACAUUCCUAUAGACCAUCCAUCUUGCUCCAAGCAACAUGCUGUUCUGCAGUAUAGGAUGGUUGAGUUCACCAGAGCAAACGGCACAAGUGGUCGGCGAGUAAGACCAUACAUUAUUGAUCUGGGAUCUGGCAAUGGCACCUACCUAAAUAAUCAGCGCAUUGAGCCACAAAGAUACUAUGAAUUAAAAGAAAAGGAUGUUCUAAAAUUUGGAUUCAGCAGUAGAGAGUAUGUUGUUUUGCAUGAAACCUCGGACACAUCUGAAGUUGACAAAAAACAGGAUGAGGACGAGGAAGAUGAGGGGACAGACAGUUAGCAAAUAUAUAUAUAUAUAAAUGUAAUUUUGUUUUUGUUGGAUAUACUUUUAUUUUCAGUAAACUGAAUACUUAUUUA